UAUUUUCUAUUUAUUUUUUAUUAAUUAAACUAUUAAAUCUAUAUAUUUAAUGUAUUUUUCGGAGACACCGUCUCUCACCGCAAAUUGUGCUCAACUAUAUAAACACACCCUUUUCUGGGUUCUUAUCAAUUAUCUCAUUUCCUUACCAUUUCUUCUCAUUUCUUCAUCCAUCCCCAUUUCCCCACUAAAAUUUCUGAACUUUGUAUGGCAAUCAGCUUACUAAACCAUGUUAUAUCAGACCUUUGCCUGGGAAAACCAGCACUAAAAUCACUUUCAUUUUUCUCUGCAACAGUAGCUGAUGCACUUUCUGCCAUUAAAGCUUCACAAGAAAACUUCAUUACUGUGUGGUCUUGUGAUCAUCAUACUAUCAACAACAGAAAAUCAAAUUAUGAUGAUCAUGAUCAUGAAAUGGGAUCAUUAUGUAAAUGUGUUGGGAAGAUUUGUAUGGUAGAUAUUAUUUGUUUUCUUUGUAGGGAAGAUAAUUUGAAAUCCCCUUCUUCUGCUCUGCUUUCCCCUGUUUCUGCCAUUUUCACUCAUCAUUCGCAUUUCAUCAAGCAUGUGAAUCCUUCUACUGGCUUACUAGAAGCAAUUGAUCUGAUCCUGGAUGGUGCACAAAACCUAGUGGUGCCCAUACAAAUUACAGCUAGCACAUGUUUUAGAAGAAAACAUCAAAAGACCAAGGACAGUACGACCCAUAACGGGCGUGAGUUCUGUUGGUUGACACAAGAAGACGUGAUUCAAUUCAUCCUUAGUCGAAUCGGGUUGUUCACCCCGAUCCCAAGCCUCACUGUCGAGGAGCUUGGGAUCAUCCAAAGCAAAAUUCUAACAGUGGACUAUCACGCCCCAGCAGUGGACACGCUUGAGGCCAUUGCUCAGUCGUUAGUCGAGCAAACCUCUGUUGGGGUGUUGGACGAGCAAGGCAUUUUUGUUGGGGAAAUAUCUCCAUUCACACUAUGUGCAUGUGACGAAACUAUAGCAGCCGCACUUAUGACACUGUCCUCGGGCAACCUUAUGUCCUACAUUGACCGGGGCGGGCCUCCUGAGGACAUUGUACGAGCUAUGAAAGCAAGUUUAAAGGAGAAAAAACUAGAUGGGUUGCUAGAAAUGUUGGGUGACGACUACUCAUCAUAUUCUUCCUCGACAUCCUCCUCAUCAGACGAUGAGUCCUUGUCCUCCUCAUCAUGUUCCUCGAGACUUGCACGAUAUAAUAGGUCAUGGAGCUACUCGGCUAGAAUGGUAAGGAAGGCUGAGGCAACAGUUUGCCAUCCUAAGAGCUCGUUGGUCGCUGUUAUGAUCCAAGCUAUCGCGCAUAGGGUGAAUUAUGUUUGGGUUAUGGACAAUGAUUGUAGCCCUGUCGGAAUAGUCACAUUUCGAGAUAUGCUACAUGUUUUUCGAGAACAUUUGGUAUCGAUGCUCGAAGAAUGGGAUGCUUAGUAUUAUGUCUCUAACACAACAAGAGUAGUAAUUUACACAUUAAGGGCAAAUCUAGUUGGUUUUGAUACCCAUGUUUAGAAUUGUUUUUUUAGUUUAUUUCAAAGUGUAAUGUUGUGAAUUGUUUCUUAUAUAGAUUUUAAUUCUAUUUAUCUCCUUUUCAAAUUCGUAGGCUCAUAUUAAGCUUUUUCAACGUGUUUUUGAGUGUU